CGCCGGCCCCUUCCUCCCGGUGAGCCCCGAGGUGAUGAAGCGGCGGCGCGGGGGCCUCAUCGAGCAGCGCGACAUCAUCAAGGCCCACGAGGCGCACAAGAUGCAGAGCACCCCACAGGCGCGGCGCAAGGAGUGGGAGAUGGCUCGCUUCGGGGAGGCGGUGGUCGGCAGGCCGGGGUCGGGCGAUGGAGACUCGGACCAGAGCAGGAACCGGCAAGGAACCCCGGUGCCGGCCUCGGGCCCGGCGGCCGCCUACAAGCAGUCGAAAGCGCAGAGGGCGCGGACUAUGGCUUUGUACAACCCCAUUCCCGUCCGGCAGAACUGUUUCACCGUCAACAGAUCCCUGUUCAUCUUCGGAGAAGAUAACAUUGUCAGGAAAUACGCCAAGAAGCUCAUCGACUGGCCGCCGUUUGAGUACAUGAUUUUGGCAACCAUCAUUGCCAACUGCAUUGUCUUGGCCCUGGAACAGCAUCUUCCUGAGGAUGACAAGACCCCGAUGUCCCGCAGACUGGAGAAGACAGAGCCGUAUUUCAUUGGGAUCUUUUGCUUUGAAGCCGGUAUCAAAAUUGUGGCCCUGGGGUUCAUCUUUCAUAAGGGCUCGUACCUCCGCAAUGGCUGGAAUGUCAUGGACUUCAUCGUGGUCCUCAGUGGCAUCCUGGCCACUGCGGGGACUCACUUCAACACACACGUGGACCUGAGGACCCUCCGGGCUGUGCGUGUCCUGAGACCCCUGAAGCUCGUGUCAGGGAUUCCUAGCCUGCAGAUCGUGUUGAAGUCUAUCAUGAAGGCCAUGGUGCCUCUUCUGCAAAUUGGUCUCCUGCUCUUCUUUGCCAUCUUGAUGUUUGCUAUCAUUGGCUUAGAGUUCUACAGUGGGAAGUUGCACCGAGCAUGUUUCACGAACAAUUCAGGUAUUCUGGAAGGAUUUGACCCCCCUCACCCAUGUGGUGUGCAGGGCUGCCCAGCUGGCUACGAAUGCCGGGACUGGAUUGGCCCCAAUGAUGGGAUCACCCAGUUUGAUAACAUCCUUUUUGCUGUGCUGACUGUCUUCCAAUGCAUCACCAUGGAAGGAUGGACCACCGUGCUGUACAAUACCAAUGAUGCCUUAGGAGCCACCUGGAACUGGCUGUACUUCAUCCCCCUCAUCAUCAUUGGAUCCUUCUUUGUUCUCAACCUAGUUCUGGGAGUGCUUUCCGGGGAGUUUGCCAAAGAGAGAGAGAGAGUGGAGAACCGGAGAGCUUUCAUGAAACUGCGGCGGCAGCAGCAGAUUGAGCGGGAGCUGAACGGGUACCGCGCCUGGAUAGACAAAGCAGAGGAAGUCAUGCUUGCUGAAGAAAAUAAAAAUGCUGGGACGUCAGCCUUAGAAGUGCUUCGAAGGGCAACCAUCAAAAGGAGCCGGACAGAGGCCAUGACUCGAGACUCCAGUGAUGAACACUGUGUCGAUAUCUCCUCUGUGGGCACACCUCUCGCCCGAGCCAGCAUCAAAAGUGCAAAGGUGGAUGGGGCCUCCUAUUUCCGGCACAAAGAAAGGCUUCUGCGCAUCUCUAUCCGCCACAUGGUGAAAUCCCAGGUGUUUUACUGGAUUGUGUUGAGCCUUGUGGCUCUCAACACUGCCUGUGUGGCCAUCGUCCAUCAUAACCAGCCCCAGUGGCUCACCCAUCUCCUCUACUAUGCAGAAUUUUUGUUUCUGGGACUGUUCCUCUUGGAGAUGUCCCUGAAGAUGUAUGGCAUGGGACCUCGACUUUAUUUUCACUCUUCAUUCAACUGUUUUGAUUUUGGGGUCACAGUGGGCAGCAUCUUUGAAGUGGUCUGGGCAAUCUUCAGACCUGGCACAUCUUUUGGAAUCAGUGUCUUACGGGCUCUCCGGCUUCUAAGAAUAUUUAAAAUAACCAAGUAUUGGGCAUCUCUGCGAAAUUUGGUGGUCUCCUUGAUGAGCUCUAUGAAGUCUAUCAUCAGUUUGCUCUUCCUCCUCUUCCUCUUCAUCGUUGUCUUUGCUCUCCUAGGAAUGCAGCUGUUUGGAGGCAGGUUUAACUUUAAUGAUGGGACUCCUUCAGCAAACUUUGAUACCUUCCCUGCAGCCAUCAUGACUGUAUUCCAGAUCCUAACAGGUGAGGACUGGAAUGAGGUGAUGUACAAUGGGAUCCGUUCCCAGGGUGGAGUUAGCUCAGGCAUGUGGUCAGCUAUCUAUUUCAUUGUGCUCACCUUGUUUGGAAACUACACACUGCUGAAUGUGUUCUUGGCCAUUGCUGUGGACAAUCUGGCCAAUGCCCAAGAGCUGACCAAGGAUGAACAAGAAGAAGAGGAGGCUUUUAACCAGAAACAUGCAUUGCAGAAGGCCAAGGAGGUCAGCCCGAUGUCUGCACCCAACAUGCCUUCUAUCGAAAGAGACAGAAGGAGAAGACACCACAUGUCGAUGUGGGAGCCACGCAGCAGCCACCUGAGGGAGCGGAGGCGCCGGCACCACAUGUCGGUGUGGGAGCAGCGCACCAGCCAGCUGAGAAGGCACAUGCAGAUGUCCAGCCAGGAGGCCCUCAAUAAAGAGGAGGCCCCACCGAUGAACCCCCUCAACCCCCUCAACCCGCUGAGCCCCCUCAACCCGCUCAACGCCCACCCCAGCCUCUACCGGAGACCUAGGCCUAUUGAGGGCCUGGGCCUGGGCCUGGAGAAGUGUGAGGAGGAGCGCAUCAUCAGCCGCGGGGGGUCCCUCAAGGGGGACGGAGGGGACCUGUCGAGUGCCCUGGACAACCAGAGGAGCCCUUUGUCCCUGGGCAAACGGGAGCCACCAUGGCUGGCCAGGCCCUGUCAUGGGAACUGUGAUCCGACCCAGCAGGAGGCUGGGGGAGGGGAGACCGUGGUGACCUUCGAGGACCGGGCCAGGCACAGGCAGAGCCAGCGGCGCAGCCGGCACCGUCGUGUCAGGACGGAAGGCAAGGAGCUCUCCUCCACCUCCCGGAGCAGGUCUGUCAGCCAGGAGCGGAGUCUGGAUGAGGGGGUGCUCACCGACGGGGAGAAGGAGCGAGAGCCCAGGGGCGGCCAUGCAGGCAAAGAACCCACCAUCCAAGAAGAAGACAGAGGCCAAGACUUAAGGAGGACGAACAGUCUGAUGGUGCCCAGAGGCUCUGGGCUGGCAGGAGCCCUUGAUGAGGCCAACACACCCCUAGUCCUGCCCCACCACGAUCUGGAAGUGGGGAAGGACACGGUGCUGACGGAGCAGGAGCCGGAGGGCAGCAGCGAGCAGGCCCUGCUGGGGGAUGUGCAGUUGGACAUUGGCAGGGUCAUCAGCCAGAGUGAGCCUGACCUCUCCUGCGUCACAGCCAACACAGACAAGGCCACCACCGACAGCACCAGCGUCACCGUCGCCAUCCCUGAUGUGGGCCCCUUGAUGGACUCAACUGUGAUUCACAUUAGCAACAAAACUGAUGGAGAAGCCAGUCCCUUGAAGGAGGCUGAGAUCAAAGAGGAGGAGGAGGAAAUGGAGAAGAAGCAGCAGAAGAAGGAGAAGCGUGAGACGGGCAAAGCCAUGGUGCCCCACAGCUCUAUGUUCAUCUUCAGCACCACCAACCCGAUUCGCAGGGCCUGCCACUACAUCGUGAACCUGCGCUACUUUGAGAUGUGCAUUCUCCUGGUGAUCGCCGCCAGCAGCAUUGCCCUGGCAGCAGAGGACCCCGUCCUGACCAACUCGGAGCGCAACAAAGUGGGUUCACGGGAGCCGUUUGCCAACCUCCGUAAUGCCCUGGUCCUGAGGUAUUUUGACUAUGUUUUCACUGGCGUGUUCACCUUUGAGAUGGUUAUAAAGAUGAUAGACCAGGGCUUGAUCCUACAGGAUGGGUCCUACUUCCGAGACCUGUGGAACAUCCUGGACUUUGUGGUGGUGGUUGGUGCAUUGGUGGCCUUUGCUUUGGCGAACGCUUUGGGAACAAACAAGGGGCGAGACAUCAAGACCAUCAAAUCCCUGAGGGUGCUCCGAGUUCUGAGGCCACUGAAGACCAUCAAGCGCUUGCCCAAACUCAAGGCUGUCUUUGACUGUGUGGUGACCUCCUUGAAGAAUGUCUUCAACAUACUCAUCGUCUAUAAGCUCUUCAUGUUCAUCUUUGCUGUCAUUGCGGUUCAGCUCUUCAAGGGAAAAUUCUUUUAUUGCACAGACAGUUCCAAGGACACAGAGAAGGAGUGCAUAGGCAACUACGUAGAUCAUGAAAAAAACAAGAUGGAGGUGAAAGGCCGGGAAUGGAAGCGCCAUGAAUUCCACUACGACAACAUUAUCUGGGCCCUGCUGACCCUCUUCACCGUCUCCACGGGGGAAGGAUGGCCUCAAGUCUUACAGCAUUCUGUUGAUGUGACAGAGGAAGACCGAGGACCAAGCCGCAGCAACCGCAUGGAGAUGUCCAUCUUCUAUGUGGUCUACUUUGUGGUCUUCCCUUUCUUCUUUGUCAAUAUCUUUGUGGCUCUGAUCAUCAUCACCUUCCAGGAACAAGGGGACAAGAUGAUGGAGGAAUGCAGCCUGGAGAAGAACGAGAGGGCGUGCAUUGACUUCGCCAUCAGUGCCAAACCUCUCACCCGCUACAUGCCACAGAACAGGCACACCUUCCAGUACCGCGUCUGGCACUUCGUGGUGUCUCCGUCCUUUGAGUACACCAUCAUGGCCAUGAUCGCCCUGAACACCGUCGUGCUGAUGAUGAAGUACUACUCUGCUCCCUGUACCUAUGAACUGGCCCUGAAGUACCUGAAUAUUGCCUUCACCAUGGUGUUUUCCCUGGAAUGUGUCCUAAAGAUCAUCGCUUUUGGCUUCUUGAACUACUUUCGAGACACCUGGAACAUCUUUGACUUCAUCACUGUGAUUGGCAGUAUCACAGAAAUCAUACUGACAGACAGCAAGCUGGUAAACACCAGUGGUUUCAACAUGAGCUUUCUGAAGCUCUUCCGUGCCGCCCGCCUCAUCAAGCUUCUGCGGCAGGGCUACACCAUCCGUAUUUUACUCUGGACCUUCGUGCAGUCCUUUAAGGCCCUCCCCUACGUCUGCCUUUUGAUUGCCAUGCUUUUCUUCAUCUAUGCCAUCAUUGGGAUGCAGGUAUUUGGAAACAUAAAAUUAGAUGAGGAGAGUCACAUCAACCGGCACAACAACUUCCGGAGUUUCUUUGGGUCCCUCAUGUUACUCUUCAGGAGUGCCACGGGAGAGGCCUGGCAGGAGAUAAUGCUGUCGUGCCUCGGGGAGAAAGGCUGCGAGCCCGACACCACUGCGCCAUCGGGGCAGAACGAGAAUGAGCGCUGUGGCACCGAUCUGGCCUAUGUUUACUUUGUCUCCUUCAUCUUCUUCUGCUCUUUCUUGAUGCUCAACUUGUUUGUGGCCGUCAUCAUGGACAACUUCGAGUACCUGACUCGGGACUCCUCCAUCUUAGGGCCCCACCACUUGGAUGAGUUUGUCCGCGUCUGGGCAGAGUACGACCGAGCUGCAUGCGGCAGGAUCCCGUAUAAGGAUAUGUACAAAUUAGUGCGGGUGAUCUCGCCGCCUCUGGGCCUGGGAGAGAACUGCCCCUACAGGGUGGCUUGCAAGAGGUUGGUCCUAAUGAAUAUGCCAGUAGCUGAGGACAUGACAGUCCACUUCACCUCCACACUGAUGGCUCUGAUCCGGACAGCCCUGGACAUCAAAAUCGCCAAAGGUGGUGCAGACAGGCAGCAGCUAGACUCGGAGCUGCAAAAGGAGACCCUGGCCAUCUGGCCUCACCUGUCCCAGAAGAUGCUAGACCUGCUUGUGCCCAUGCCCAAAGCCUCUGACCUGACUGUGGGCAAAAUCUAUGCAGCAAUGAUGAUCAUGGACUACUAUAAACAGAGUAAGGUGAAGAAACAGAGGCAGCAGCUGGAGGAACAGAAAAAUGCACCCAUGUUCCAGCGAAUGGAGCCCUCAUCUCUGCCUCAGGAGAUCAUUGCUAAUGCCAAAGCCCUGCCCUAUCUCCAGCAGGACCCCGUUUCAGGCCUGAGUGGCCGUAGUGGAUACCCUUCGAUGAGUCCACUCUCCCCCCAGGAAAUAUUCCAAUUGGCUUGUAUGGAUCCAGCCGAUGAUGGACAGUUCCAGGAACAUCAGUCUCUGGAGCCAGAGGUUAGUGAAUUAAAAAGCGUGCAGUCCUCUAACCAUGGCAUCUACCUUCCUUCGGACACCCAGGAGCAUACGGGAUCUGGGAGGGCAUCUUCUAUGCCACGCCUGACUGUGGAUCCCCAGGUGGUGACAGAUACUAGCUCCAUGAGACGUUCAUUUUCCACUAUUCGGGAUAAGCGUUCAAAUUCCUCCUGGUUGGAGGAAUUCUCCAUGGAGAGAAGCAGUGAAAACACCUACAAGUCACGUCGUCGGAGUUACCACUCCUCCCUGAGACUGUCAGCUCAUCGCCUGAAUUCUGACUCAGGCCACAAGUCUGACACCCACCGCUCAGGGGGUAGAGAGCGGGGACGAUCGAAAGAGCGAAAGCAUCUUCUCUCUCCUGAUGUCUCCCGCUGCAACUCAGAGGAGCGAGGGACCCAGGCCGACUGGGAGUCCCCAGAGCGCCAACAGUCCAGGUCUCCCAGUGAGGCCAGGUCACAGACCCCCAACAGACAGGGCACGGGCUCCCUGAGCGAGAGCUCCAUCCCCUCCAUCUCUGACACCAGCACCCCAAGACGAAGUCGCCGGCAGCUCCCACCCGUCCCACCAAAGCCUCGGCCCCUCCUCUCCUACAGCUCCCUGAUUCGACACUCCGGGAGCAUCUCCCCGCCGGCCGACGGAAGCGAGAGGGGCUCCCCGCUGACCCCCCAGGCGCUGGAGAGCACGGAGGCCGGCCUGGCGGAGCCCUCGGGCCCCCGGCACGGGCACGGGCAGGGGCACGGGCAGGGGCACGGGCAGCAGAGCCAGCACUGCUCCCCGCAGCGCUACAUCUCCGAGCCCUACCUGGCCCUGCACGAAGACUCCCACGCGUCGGACUGUGGCGAGGAGGAGACGCUCACCUUCGAGGCCGCCGUGGCCACCAGCCUGGGCCGCUCCAACACCAUCGGCUCGGCCCCGCCGCUGCGGCACAGCUGGCAGAUGCCCAACGGGCACUAUCGGCGGCGGCGGCGCGGGGGGCCGGGGCCGGGCGUGAUGUGCGGGGCGGUCAGCGACCUCCUGAGUGACACGGAAGAAGACGACAAGUGCUAGAGGCUGCUCCCCCCUCCGAUGCAUGCUCUUCUCUCUCACACGGAGAAAACCAAGACCGAAUUGGGAAGCCAGUGCUGCCCCGGGGGGGGAGGAAGAGGGAGGAGGAAGACAGAAGGACACCGUGCAUUAUCCGUUGACGGCAACGAAGGGACAACAGGAAAACCAGUGGGACCCGCCAAAUGGCUUCACUUCCCUUUGCAAGAUGGGCGCUGCCAUAGUUCUGCCUCUUUGCUGGGGAAAGGAAAUACGAGAACGUGCAGGGUUACUCCCCUGGCAGAAGGGACGUGGUGAGGGGGGCUCUGCUUCCCCUUGCCCCUUCCCACCUUUCUGCAAGCCGCGGAAGGAUGGAGCUGGCCUGUCUCUCCGCCCAUCGCCCUGAAAAGCCUGCAAGACUUUCUGGCUCUUACCUGGGGAGUCGUGGAGACCACGGGAGAGGCGUCUCCUCCCUCACCAGCUCUUGCUCCUCAGCUCCACUGCCGUCAGGGCAACCACACUAGCAUCUCAUGCAUUCCCCUCUGGCUUGCUUCCCCCAGAGAAGCACAGGCUAAGUUCAGGAGCAUCGGAUGCCACGGGGCGGAGGCCAGGAGGGAAAAGCUGAAGUGGGACAAGGGGCCGGGGGGCUGUGGUGGCAGCAGCAAGGGCUGGUCUGGGUGAGCAAAGCCAUAGUCCUGCAGCCCAGACCACGGGGAAAGGCUCCAAGAGCUGGAGAGGAUGGGUGGUGCUGGGAGGGACAGUCCUGUCUCUUUGAAGCCUGAGGCCUACUCAGUAGGUGCUGUGUUAGGAUAGGCCAGGGAGGUCCCUCAGGCUCCACCGAGGUGCCUAAGGCUCCAGGAAGGGUGAUAUUUUAAAAGCAUUUAACAUCCCCCGUGGCCAGAGCACAAGCUGGCGUGAGCAGCAGUCCAGCCUUCCUGCUGGAGCCCAGUGCUCUGCCAGGCCUUAGCUCUGCAAACGCUGGUCCAAAGGGAUCCCUCGAGGGUGGGGUAAGUGUUGGGGGUGGAGAGUAUAAUUGAGGCAAAGUCUGUUUUCCAACCAGUAUAGAAGAAUGUGGAACAGCACAUAUGGCCGAAUGUCAACCUAGACUGUGGUCCAGGAGGUAGUGGCCCUUUCUGCCAAGCAGCAAGGCCACGAGCCAGAGGCUCAGUCUUCCCUGCCACUUCCUGAGAAGGUAGCACACACAUACCCAGGGUGGGCCAUACAUCACCUAGUAGAGGCUUCUAGAGAGGAAAGGCAGGCAGACUGAAAUGAGAAGCUUCCAUGAGAGAAUCCGUCUGAGUUUACUGAGGACCUCCUGGGAGGAGGGCCCCUUCCACAGCCAGUUGGUGUGUGAGGGUCAGUUUGUCCUGAUACUUUGAAGGUAAUUGGUAAAUAUACCUCAGCUGAGACCUGGGCGGCUCCUCCUAGCCAAGUAGGCUCUGAUGGGGUCUCAUCACACAGUGUAAUGAGAUGAGGGUCCCCAUGGCCCUGAAUAUUUUCUGGAGCUAGGACGGGGCUUUUCCUCUCCCCAGAGUAAGAGCUGGACAGCAGACAGCCUCAGGCCACUGUGCCAUUCUUAACCCCCUAAACUCAGAAGCAUUGAGGAAAAGAGAGCCUUUCUUGGCUAAUCAGUGCUCAUCUUGUAUAGAUUGUCCGUCCAGGGAAACACGUCACUCUGUCUCUGGUGGAGAUGUACCAUUCCCUCAACUUCCUCCCCGGUCUCACAGUGGCCAGAGGGACCUCCUGGAGAAGGAUUCCAGGCAGGGCUUUCCCUUCUCAGCCAGGAGCAGGUGGAGCUUGCCUCAUAGGACCCUCCCCCGGCCUGAGGUCACAGUGGCUAGACACUCUUUUUAUCCUCCUCCAGCCAAGACAGACUCCACCUCUUGGGUUGGAGAAGUUAGUGGCUGUUAUUUUUCUUAGAAGGAGCCUCUUUUUACUUAUGAAAUUUUUCUGUUUGUUUUGGUUGAAAUAGAACUAAGUUGCAUCAACCCUGAAAAGCCAAAUACAACUGUGUGGCUGCACAAUCAUUUCAUGGCCCUGCCUUCUCUUUUAGAUACUGACGGAGCUUCAUGACCCACAGCCGCCAAAUCAAAGUAGUCCCAGGGCAGGAGGCCACUGAGUCAGAACAAAAGCCUCCUCCUCUCAGACCGUGUGUCUGUUCUCACUUUCCUCUCCCACUCAGCACUUGCACGCUCCGGAGUGGCCGGCAAUGUGAACGCGAGUGUGUCACACCCUGAUCCUCACAGGUGUGCUCUUUACAUAAGACUCAGACGCUGGGCCUGGUAUUGUGCUAAAGGUUUCCUCUGCUCAGCGUCAUUUCAUGCCAAAGUGCUGCAGUGGGCUGCUUUCUGCACACAAAAUUGCUUUCUUCCACCUCAGAAAUGCAGCUUUCCCUAGGGACAGGCCUACCACAGGACCACCAUUCUGAGUCAGCAAGUCUAUUGCAUUGUGUUGGGAGAAAAGGAAUUGAAGUGAUAUCUUAGGCCAUUUCAACAGUAGGAGGAAUUUAGCCUGGCAGAGCAAUUACCAGAAAUGGGAUUUGCCUGUAAACCACAUUAUGAACACUAAAUUUACUGUGCCGGGAAACCUUCCUGGACACCUGAACUCCUUACACUCACAUACACAGAAGCACUUGAGCCGUGAAUGAAGUGGUGUGAAGCACUGCAGAUGCAUUUCCCCCGGCCAGUCGGGGUCUUGUUAGAACUAGUGAACUUAUGAACUCUGUGAUUCAAUUUCCCCUGACCAAGAAAUUGCGUUUCUUAUCCCUUAGCCUACAUUUACCUUUCUAGUAAGACCAGAAAAUAAAAGACCGUUUUCUGUUAAGUCACGGAACUCAUUAUCAUGAUCUUCUUCUGACCGCUUCCUCCCACCUCUUCACAAAUGUGACCUCUCACCUUCCCUCUGAUAGCUGAGCAGGACAUCCUUUCCUACGUGUCAGAUUCUGCCUCUUUCUCCCUUGAAAAGAGGCCCCUUGAGAUCUCAAAAUGUGUGCUGCUAUAUUUGGACUAAAAAGUAUGGCCGCAUCUCAAGAAAUGUGGAGCAAAGUGGAAACAGUUUGAGAUACUCAGGUCCCUUCAGAGGAAUGUUUGGCUCUGUGUCAGUUUCCCUUGCUAAUGUCAGCCUUUGGCAUCCCCUAAAAACAAAGAGGGAGGGAUGGGGGAAAAGAGAGGCGGAGGAAAAGGAAAACAAACCAAGGUAGAGAGACAUUCUAACUGGGCUGUGUUUAGAUACUCCUCUCUUCACUUCCAGACAGACUUCCGGUGGGGUACUCACGUGUCUCCCUCUUUCGAUCCCCAGGAGGGCAGAAUGCCAGCAGGCUUUCAGACAUAGGGGUAGAGCUAUGGGCCAAGAUGCUCUGUGAGCCAGGGUCAGGAUAGAGUUGCCUACACUGUGAAGAGAUGAGCAUCCCCCCACCCCCACCCCAUGUCAACACAAGCCAUGAACAUGACUGCCCAAUGGCAGUCUGUCCACUCUUCUGGCUGAGGAAUCUAUUUCUAUUCUGGGCUUCACUUCUCCCCACUCAGCAUCCCUACGGGGUACUAAAAUCAGGUAACAUUUUUCCGAAGCUGAAAUCCAGAUGUUCUGGGUUCUGCCCUGUUUUGAUCCUGGGACCACAAAGAAGACGAUCCCACAUCCCACCAUUCAGCCAGUGUUUUCUUUCCAUACACGCUUCCAUCUCUCCUAGAGCCUCAGUGUCUCCUGCUUUCUGUGCUCCCCUCCCAGCCCUUGUUUUGCUGCAUGUUCUCAUUGACCCAGCUCCUGAGAUAUUUUAAAUCCACCCAGUCCAAGCUUAUUUGCUGACCUGCCUGCCUCUGCUGGUGGGGAAUGCAUCAUUCUCAUAAAAGUAGUUGGGAAUUCACCAGGUAAUAUUCACAAGGUGAUCUGAAACAGUAUAAGGUAUGGUACUAUUGGGGUGAGUGGGGGAUAUGGAAUGUCUGCAUACUCAAUGAAAGCCCACUUCAGGGAAAUUAGGUCUCUCCUGGCAUAAUGGAACAAAAAUUUAAUUAUUUUGUUUUUUUAAAGAACGUUCUCAAUUUUUCAUUACAUCCUCUUUCUAAAGCCUGCUCUGGAUGUCUCGUUUUUGGACAGGGUAUUUAUUUAGUGGGUUGAGCCAGGGAUAGGUUGAGAUGCUUUAAUUUCUCAACCUAGCUAUAAUAAAUAUUAUGAGAUCGGAAUAAGAAAAGGUACAUGUGUAGGAGCCAGGGAGCAGAUAGUCAUCUACUUUGCUGGGAUUUUGUAAGACAUGAAGGUUAGGGAAUUUUCACCCUAUCGCUAUCAGUUUCAUAUCUGUUAAGUUUGAGACCCUCAAAGGCCUGCUGCCAGUGUGCACAAAGAAUCAUGAUGAGGAGAGGCAUUUCCAUGCGUUGGGGUAGCUCCUUCCUCAGCAGAUUCUUGCAUCCUGUCCAUUUUUCCUACCUGAAUUCCCUGGCACUGAACACUGUCCAAGAGAUUCAGGUAAGACUUUAUAAGUCAAGAAAAAAGAGAAGUGGGCCCCCUGAAAGUGGCCAGAGUGUGAUGGUUUAAUUCCAGACAAGAACCCCAUAAGGAACCAGGUCUAGUUUUGAAUAAAUAGAUCUCCAUGUUGAAACUCUUAUUUUUACAAGAGCCAAACAGAAUUAACUCAGGACUUAGGACCUAACCUUGGCAUGGUAGGAUCAGAAGAGAUCCCAUGUUAUGAGUGCUGCCUAUAUCUGCAGCUCUGACUUGUUUUUUCUUUGGUUAAAACUGUAUACUGUAGCCAUUUACCCCAGCAGAGCCCCAUCUGAUGGCUUCUCUGGCUCUGUAACCCUGAGCUCAGCUAAAGACUGCUGGCAUGAUCCGUUAGGCAUCAUGUGCUGUCACUCAUUCAGCCAGAAGAACGCAGAUGUACCACUUGGAGGGGACAGAAGACUAGGAGCAGAAAAAAAACAUCUUUGGUUUCUGAUGGCUGUCUUUUUCUUCCCUUAAAUCCUUUCUGCUUUGACCCUCUGAGGCUUAGGCAUCCCAGAGAAAGAUAAGCCAAAGACAACAGGUUCAUAGAUUGUCCCAACCUAUCCAAAGGGCCUGGAAAGCUUCCCUUAACAAAACUCAAGCCAAUCUGAAUGAGACUCCUAGCAGAGGCAUAUGGAAGGCUAGGGUACCUCCAAACUGCCCUUCUAUUUUUGUAGUCUUCUUCUGAUCCCUCCCUCAUGCUAAAAAUGGGGGGUGGAAGGGGCCACUAGCAUCUUGACCUUAUAAAUGCAAAAAGAUUUUAUAAUAAGCCAUGCUACUAUGUAAAUACAUUAUUGAGGUUUGAAUUCUUAUUUCUGGGGGGUGCGAAAGAGUUGAGCAGAUCCAACUUUAAAAAAAUGGUAAGGGGAUCUAUGUUUAUUUUUCUUUGGGAUCUUUUUGUUUGGAUUUCUUUUUUUUUUUUUGUAACAGACCAACCCUAGAAUAGCAAUGAAGGAUAAAUGUGUGCAGUGUUUCUGAAUCACCUUCUAAUUAAUUUCUAUCAAACAAUAUAUUUGAGCCAAAAAUCUGAGGUCAUAUAGUACCAGUUCCAUCUUCUCUCUCUGGUGGUUUUUGGCUUUGUUUUUUGGUUUGGUGUAGGUUUUUUUGGUUUGUUUACUUUCUUUUGUCUUCUCCUUCUAAGUCAGCCUCUGUCUCUUGUUUCCAGGGACUUAAAAUACAACCUAAUGUAAAACAGCUUGAGAACUUCAGUGAAAGCCAAGUAAAUAAUAGAAUGGAUAUAGAUUUUUUUUCAGGAUAUCUUUAACCAAUAAACAAAAAGUUUAUAUCCUGAGAAGAUAAAAUUUUUAAGAGCGUGGUAAUCUGGUAACUGAAAAUUAUUGGGAGUCAAAAAUAAUUCUAGCCCAGCCUUCUGUACUUGUGCCUUCAGCAAGGUAUUGCAUCUGCGUGCUUUAUUUCCCUCAUUAGGAAAUUGAAAUACUAAUGCUUGGCUAAUUCAUAGGUGUGUCAAGUGUUUGUAAGUAAAUUAAUAUCGCAUUAUAUAAAGUACUUAGUCUCCACAAAUCAACUUAGAAAAAUCUUCUCUCCUUAUAUACCACUAAGGACCUAUGAAAUUCUUGGCAUUGCUAUAAGCAUUCCAUUUUUUGGAAGAAACUUCAUAUUUAAUGGAACCAGAAUCCCAGAUUUGCUUUAAUUUCACCAUCUAUUGUUCCCUUUUUCACUUCCUCCCCUUUUUAGCUCUCUAAUUAAAACAAAAACAAAAAACAAAACAAAAACCCCAAGACUUUUUUUUUUUUUUAAUGCAGGAAAGGAGUUGAGUUUUCAUAAUCUUCUUUCUGUGGAUAGUUCAGCCAGUCUUAGGUCAAAUAACCAUUCUCUAAUGCUUAGGAUCCUCAUGAAGACCUCUUCUUUUGUUCGGCCAAUUUGUCAGAGAUAAGGGAUUGCUCUCUAGAUUCUAGAACCAGACCUGAAGACUCUGUACUAAGUACUACCACUUCCUCCUCAGUUCACUCACAGGUGGGCCCCAAAACUGAAAGGGUACUAAAUCAAAGCUGCCAAAUCCAAAUUUGACCUUAUUUGGUGACUUAAUUUUCUUUCCAGUACUCUGAUUUCUUAUGGUGAUAACCUGUACCACACAGGAACCCACUGCUCAAAGCAAGUCUAUUAGAAAUCCGUAUAAGGGAUGAGCGGGAAAAACACAAUCCAAAAUUUCAAAGUGCCAUUAAUCAAUUAAAAAAACUAAAGGUAAUAUGAAAUGAGGGCUAAACAAUGUAAACUAACUGCCAAUUAAAGUAUACAGUAGUUCUGGUCUUAGCUACAUUUGAUAUGGAAUUAUAUCACAUUAAGCAGAUCCCAGCAAAUUUAGUAAAAACAUAGGCAUUGAAUUUUAAUGGCUACCAAUGGGGAUAUAUACUUAGCCUGCAGGCCAAACUUCAAUCAGUGUUUUUCUAUCCUGGUGUUUUGUGAACAAGCCAAAAUUUAUACAAAGCCACCCUAAGUGCUGCAAUUGCAGAGGAACCUCCCUCUUGGUGAUAUUAGAGAACAGUCCAACUCCACUCAAAUUGAGUCCAAAAUUUGGAACUCAUCCAGAAAAACAAACGGAGGAGAAAAAUCUAAUGCACCAAGUAUGCUUGGCAUUUGUGUAGCUGGGGCAAUGUGGGCAGAGGCUAAAAAGACAAGCUAUAGAACAAAGACAAGGUUGAGGUGGAAAACAUCAGCUAGUCCCAGGAAAAGAAGGUGUGUGAUCUGAGAGAAUCACUUAUAUUAGAUCACUGAUAUACUUGUUAGCAUGAUACUGGAUUCAGAGCAGUUGUUUCUGCUAAACUCACCAAAGGUAGUGGGUUUGAAGGCCUCAGAGAAUUAGUAGAGCCCUGAACAACUUUUCCAGACCUGGGAGAUGGAGAAGGGAGGUUCUUGCUUUAAAGCAGCCCAAAGACAAUCUCUGUGACUUUAGCAACUCUUCAAUAGAGUAGUGCCAAUAGCAGAGAGAUUUCACUGACCUUCCUAGUGGUACAAGUGCCACGGGAGGGGAGAGGGGUGGUGAGUGGGACAGAUGAGUUUUAUCAGAAAGAGAUUUCACACUACGAAGGGUGCACCGGUACUAGCCUCACAGGAUAUCGCUGCAGAAAAGUAGACCAAUGGGUGGCUCAGGCCAUGCCCUCUGUCCUUUAGGACCCAAGGUCAGGCCAUUCCCACCUUGAUUUGCUUUUAGAGAAGGAGCCCGUACGAUGGGAUCAAGAGGGAAAUUGGGUGCUCUGCCUUAGGCUGUUAAAACGCUGCCACCUGCAUUACAAAACUCACAUGAGUCAAGACGCUUGAGAUACUUCCUUAUGGGCAGCAUCCACUGUGGUGUGCCAGCCUGACACCCCUUCAGGAACGGUGUUUAAAUGGCAGCCAGUGCUGGCCCGCCCAGAGUAUCGGUGCAUCUUUCCUAAAGCCAGAGUUCAGCACUGCAUGUUGACCAGGUGGAUAUCCUGUAAUAUAAAUGCUCGUUUGGAUCCAAAAGGAAAAUUAUUAAAAAUAAAAGAAAGAUGAACAACUUUAAUGUUUUUGGGGGGGUCAAAGAAAAGAAUAAAUAAAACCUUGUUGUAAAGAA